CCUACCACUCCCCUUCCUCUGAGACAUCGCUUGUUGCUUCUGCCCUGCGGCAGCCUCCUUUCUCGGCCUUGUCCGCUCCAUCCCCUCCCAAGCCAGCCCCACCUAAUUGGCCCGCCGUCUCUAUGGGCGACUUCAAACUGUCUGCUUCGCUGCAGGGCCACGAAGACGAUGUCCGCAGCGUCGUCUUCCCGGACCCAAGGACCGUUCUCUCGGCAUCGCGCGAUGCUACCGUCCGCGUGUGGAAGCUCCUCUCCACCAGCCCCCCCAGCUUCGACGCUACCCUAGCUUCCCACGGCACUGCUUUCAUCAACUCACUCGCCUACGUCCCUCCCUCCUCGCAGUACCCCGAUGGCCUCAUUGUAUCAGGCGGCAAGGACACCAUCAUCGAAGUUCGGCAACCCGGCAAAGCACCACAGGACAACGCAGAGGCGCUACUGCUGGGACACCAAGGCAACGUUUGUGUGCUCGAUGUCGGUGAAGAUGGCCGCACCAUUGUCAGUGGUGGCUGGGACCAAGAAGCUAGAAUAUGGCAAGUCGGCAACUGGGAAUCCUCCGUAGUCUUACGCGGACACCAAGGCAGCGUCUGGGCGGUUCUUGCCUAUGACAGGGAAACAAUUAUCACAGGUUGCGCCGAUAAGCAGAUCCGAAUCUUCAAUCCUGCAGGGAAGCUCCUUAGGACAAUCACCGGUGGUUCCGACGUUGUUCGAGCUUUAUGCAAGCUUCCCACAAGCCACCCUUCGGGAGCACAAUUCGCAUCCGCUGGCAACGACGCGAUCAUACGAUUGUGGACGAUUGAGGGCCAGGAAGUGGGGCAGCUUCAUGGCCACGAAAAUUUCAUCUAUUCUCUUGCCACGCUUCCUAGCGGAGAGCUGGUGAGCUCUUCGGAAGACAGGACAGUACGGAUAUGGAAGGGCGAUCAAUGUGUGCAGACGAUCACUCAUCCCGCAAUCUCCGUGUGGUCGGUAGCAGUGUGCCGCGAGAAUGGGGAUAUUGUCACAGGCGCCAGUGAUCGCGUUGCUCGUGUCUUCAGCAGGUCACCAGAGCGCCAGACUGAUGCCGGCAUGAUGAAGGAGUUUGAAGAAUCCGUUAAGGGCUCAUCAAUUCCGCAACAACAACUCGGAAAUAUCAACAAAGAAAACCUGCCAGGACCUGAGUUUAUUCAGCAAAAGUCUGGCACCAAGGAAGGGCAGGUGCAGAUGAUCAGAGAACUUAACGGCAAUGUUGCGGCGUAUCAAUGGUCCUCAGCUGCUUCGCAAUGGGUCAACGUCGGUACUGUUGUCGAUGCCGUUGGCAGCAGCGGGAGGAAGAUAACGUACAACGGGAAGGACUACGAUUACGUCUUUGAUGUCGAUAUUGAGGACGGGAAACCGCCUCUCAAACUGCCCUACAACUUGUCUUCGAAUCCGUAUGAGACGGCCCGUAAAUUCAUCGAGGACAACGAACUCCCAAUCUCGUAUCUGGAUCAGGUUACCAAUUUCAUUGUCAGCAACACGCAGGGCGCGACUAUUGGUCAGACUUCAGGGUCUCAGACGCAAGCCCCAGGAACAGAUCCUUGGGGAACGGAGGCGAGGUAUAGGCCUGGUGAGGUGGGAUCCGCCGCGCCACAGAGCAUGCCUGCGCAAUCGAGACCCAAGGUCCUACCUCAGACGCAGUACCUUACCAUUGAAACCGGUAACCUAAAGGUUAUGGAAAGAAAGGUUAGGGAGCUGAACCAACAGCUGCUUGAUCAAGGAGCCAAGGAUCUCUCCCUCAACCCUUCAGAUCUCGAGGUUCUCUCCGCCACUUGCAGACAGCUUGAGCAGGCUAAGGGCAAGUCGGCCUCGAAUGCCGGCAUCGACCUGAUCAUUAAGAUUGCUACCACAUGGCCAUCGGACAAGCGCCUGCCCGGUCUUGACCUUCUCCGUCUCCUGGCCGCUGCAUCGGGAACGACUGUCAUCCACACCUCGUCUGGAGAUGACACCAUUGUAGGCAUGCUGGCCAAUGCCGGUGUUUUCGCCCCUGAUUCUCCACCCAACAACGUCCUCAUGGGCGUCCGUGUGUUCGUCAAUCUCUUCAAACAUGAAGAGGGCCGUCUUGUGAUGGAUGGCACCUUUGAUCAGCUGCAUCCCCUCAUCCAACCCUUCAUCAGCUCUCAUCUUUCCAACCGCAAUCUCAUUGUAGCCAUUACGACGCUUUACAUCAAUUUCGCCGUCUCUCUUCCUGCUCCAACCGAAAACGCGGACCGGGCAUUGACACUCCUGUCCGACUUAACAAAGAUCGUAAACACGGUCAACGAGCCUGAGGCGCUGUAUAGGGCUUUAGUCGGUGCAGGCACUCUGUUGGCAUUGGGUGAGGACUUCAGAGACGUAGCCAAGGAGGUUCUCGAUUUCGACAAGGCCCUGGAAAGAGCAGGACAAGUAGGCAAGGAAGAAAGGAUCAAGAGCGUGAUCCAAGAGAUGCGAGACGAACUGAAAGGAUCGGAGAAAUAAUGGAGGAGAUUUAGGUUCGAUUUUUGAAGGGGUUUGGUGUUUACGAAACCUACCUUUAAACGCGAGGACCGACAACGGCCUAUUACUGGAUGAAAUUACGGAAAACUCUCACUGCACAGCGGCAUGAGUCUUCGGCUGAUCGAGCAUUCGUGGACACUCGGGUUCUGAGCGGCAUUGUUGUAGAAGGGCUCUAUGCGAAUAGUGCUAGCGAGUAGAGGAAGCUAGUUUGACAAUACCAUUCCCGUUACCUUGGAU